AUGGCAGAUAAACAAAUUACAGGAAAUACAUUCACCGAAGAAGGCAGACUUUCUCAAGCCGAAUUUGCGAUUAAAAAUGUAAAUGAUGCAGGAACUAUUAUUGGACUUGUGUGUUCCAAUGGUGUUGUUCUUCUUGGAAUAAACCUUGUAAAAUCUUCAAGUAUUGAAAAAAUCUAUAAAGUCAAUGAUAAGGCUUAUGUGGCAGUCUCUGGAAUAUUUAGUGAUGCUUUACGACUACUAAAAUUUGCAAGAGUUAAAAGCGUUAGUGUAAAGGAGGUGUUAGGAAAAUAUCCACGUAUUUCAGUACUAUGUGAUUUAAUUAGUCAAGAGAAACAAUAUUAUACUCAGAUGGUAAGUGCUAGACCCUUUGGUGUAUCUUUCCUUUAUUCUGGCUAUGAAAACGAUGAAUAUGUACUUUUUUCAACUGAUCCUUCCGGCACUGUAAACAGAUGGAAAGCUUGUUGUUUUGGGAUGGACUCUGAUACCAUAAGCUCUUGUCUUAGAAAUGAAAUUUCUGAAAUUAAUUACAAUUUGGAGGAGGGUAUUGAAAAGAUCUUAAGAAUAUAUGGAAAAACAAAAGAAUGGAGUACUGAUAUUGCAGAAAGAUUAGAAAUACUUGCAUUUAAAGAACGUAAUAGUCGCAUGCUCCAUCACGAAGAAAUUAAAGAGAUUAUUUCCAAGAUUGGAAAAGAGACAAGUCAAUAA